AGAUCUUCCCCCCCAGUGUCUCUGCAUUUGAUCUCAAUUAUCCGAAGCUUAUCUCCUCGCCGCUUCUUUCAUUGUAAACUGCACUGCAGAGAUGGACACCGAGGAGGAUUUUGAAUCUUUCCCGCCCACAGAUGAGGCUUCUUCUCCAGUCACCGGUACGAAACUGAAACGACUGAAGAAAGGGAGAAUGGUUGAGGCGAAUCCACUCCCAUCUGAAGCUUUGGAUUUCGAGGAAUCAAACGGUCAAGGUUUUCAGGAGCCAAAAUCGGGAUAUAGGUCAACCUUCGAGGGUUUUGAUGAGGAAGACGAGUUGAGCUCUGGGUUUGAUGAGUUGGGUGUCGAGGAAAACGAAUCGGAAUCGGAUGCCAAGAUGACUUUGGAUUUUGAAUCUUUGAACGAGGAAGGAGAUAGAAAUAGCGGGGAUCAGAGUCGAGAGACGGAAAUUGGGAAUUCAAAGGAAGUGGAAUCAGAAACCAAGCAGGUUGGUGCCGAUGAAUCUGACCAGCAAAAAGAGAAGAAGAGGAAGAAGAGAGUCAACGAUGAUGAUGAGAUGCAGGAAUCAACCAUCCCGAAGAAGAAAUUAACGCAGAAGGAGAGAAGAAAACAACUUACAUCACUUCGUGCUGAAUCUCAGAGGCUGUUACGAGAAACUAGAGAUGCUGCAUUUAAGCCUGCACCACUGGUUCAAAAGCCAAUAUCAUCACUUUUGCAAAAGAUUCGGCAAAGAAAAUUAGAGAUUUCAAGAAAAACUUCUUCUGUUAAUGAUGAUGGCCUUUCGAAGGAGGUAAUGGUGGAGCUUGAAUAUGAUGACGUAGUUAUUGAGGGAGGAACAAAUGACAGGGUUGAGGAAUUGGUAAGAGAGGAGGGGAUUGCUAGUCAGGAUAUUUUGGAGGCAUCAUUUGCAGAUAGACCUGAGAGUAUUGCAAAUCAAUCAAGUCAUGUUGAUAUUGCGCCUGACAUGGCGGUUGAUGAGAAACCUAAACCCAAACAAGCAUUUCAUCCUCCUGUUGAUGAUGCUCAGGAUUUAUUUUCCGAGUCCCAAACAAGUGAUUCCAAAGAUGAAAUCCCAGAUGAGAGCCCCAAUAGCCCUGUGGAAGUUCUGGCCCCAUCUUUACUUGCCAUGAACUUAAAGUUUGACUCUUCUCCUCCUGAUGACAUUUCAUCUGAUGAAGAGGGAAAUGACAAGGACAAUGUUGAUCCCCACCCUCUCGGGUCAGUUGACCCGUCUUCUUCUCCAAAUGGUGAUCCUGUCAAAGAAUUUGUUGAUGAUGAAGCUGAAGAAGAAGAUGACAGUGACAAUGACCGAUUGUGCUUUGGAGAUAAUGAUGAAGAAGAAGAUGAGGAUAGUGACGAUUCAGAGGAGCUUAGGGAUCUGAUAGCAACAGAGUAUGAAGAAAAGCCAAGUGAUAUUGAAAGGCGCAUGGAACGCCAUCAGGAGUUUCUUAAUCAACAGGAUGCUGCUGAAACAGAAAAGAUGUUGCAGAGGUGGGGCUUAAAGCAGAGAGAAAUGUCAAUUGAAGAGGAGGUAAAUGAGGAAAGUGAAGCAGACAUGGAGUCUGAUGAUGAAGCUUCUGAUGAUUUGCCUGCAACAAAUUGUAUUCGAAUGAGCAUAAAAAAACUAAGGGAAAUGAUCCCUCAAAUGUUUACAGAUAAAGAUGAUGUGUACAUAUCAUCUGAUGAUGAGGAAAUGCAGAAAAGCCUUGUUAAACAGCGCCUGUCUGAGAAAGCGGACAAGCAGGCAAAGUUACUGCCACCAACAGAGGAUGUGAGGUCUAAAGAAUUUUUUAGUCAUAUAAAGCAGGUGAAUAACAUGCCUCAACACAGGAAAAAGGCCAAAACAUCAUCUGCCUUUUCUUCCACGUUGCUUGCUGGAGGAAAGGGGCCUGCAUUAGCAAAGACAUCUUUCAUAGGUAGAGGAUCAAAAUGUUCUUUACCACCAAUCCAGAAGCAUGGAUCAGGCAUGGCACGUUCUUUUAUAUUUGAACGUGAAGUCAGUAAUAGCAGGAGCAGAAUCUCAGCAGCAGAGGAUUCUUCAAUUACAAUUCAGAAAGAAACCCGCCGCCCAGCAAAACCUGCAUCAGCCAAAUUCAGCAACUCCCAAGUUACAUCUACCGCUCAAAGCAAGAAAACAACAGCAGAAGAAGAAACCACUUCAAAAACUCCAUUACUGGAGAUAUUAAGACGUUCGUCACUGCAACGACAAUCUAGCCACUGCAUAAAGAAUAGCACCAUUGAUCGCCCCAAAUCUAUCUUUGCUGCAUUCAAAUUGGAAAAGAAAACAACACAGACUAAAUCCACUGUACCCAUAAGAACUCUCUAGGCUAUUAUGUUUUGUAGAUUUCCUUCUAAGCAUCAGUUUAAUUGCUUACCAACUUUUGUAGAUUGAUAUUAUUUGACUUGCAUUUAAAAAAAAUUUUAUACAUAA